CUCAACGAUGAAAAGUGAGCUGUAUACAUCCAUGGGGUAUUUUCAGUUAUGAAUAUUUCACUUCAAACAUGUACGAAGAAGAAACCUUCUUUUGCUAUACAAUGUCUUCGAACACUAACUCACUAUAGGCCUUUCUAUUCGCAAAAAUUAAAACAAAGAACUCCCAGUAAGAGAUUAGACGAGGCAUUGAGAGUGCUAGAUAUCAUAUCGCCCAAAACAAAAGUCAGUUCAAGUGGCCAAACCCAUCUUCGACUCAUUCAGGAUUUUCUUCAAACAGAUUCGAACCACCUCGAUGUGGGGCAACAUUUUGGGAAUGAUUUCGUUUGUUCAAACUCAACGGCUGGAUUAUCAAAUGUAUUUGAUGAAAUGUUUGACUAUGAUGUCGAGAAUUCGAACUCGAUCAUUACGCACCGUGAUUUACACAAGGAAAGUGUUCUGUCAAAUGCCGUGAGCUUAUGUGGGUCUGCACGUGACAUCCAUGGCGGUGCUCAAUACCACUGCUUAGCAAUAAGAAGUGGGUAUGUCGCCAAUGUUUAUGUUGGGAGUUCAUUGAUCAGUUUGUACAGUAAAUGCGGUGAGAUGGUUGCUGCAUAUAAAGUGUUCCAGGAAUUGCCUGUGAGAAAUGUAGUUUCGUGGACAGCGAUUAUUGCAGCGUUUGCUCAGGAGUGGCAGAUUGAAAUGUGUUUGGAGCUUUAUCGUAUGAUGAGAAACUCAACCUCAAAACCCAAUGAUUUUACUUUCACGAGUAUUUUGAGUGCUUGUACGGGCAGUGGAGCUCUUGGGCAGGGAAGAAGUGCCCAUUGUCAAAGUAUUCAAAUGGGUUUUGAUUCGUACAUUCAAGUUGCUAAUGCUCUUGUCUCCAUGUAUUGUAAGUGUGGGAGUCUUGAAGAUUCAUUUUAUGUGUUCAACAACAUGCAUACUAAAGAUAUUGUAUCAUGGAAUUCCAUGAUCGCGGGGUAUGCUCAGCAUGGGCUUGCAGAACAGGCAAUUGAUCUUUUCGAAGAGAUGAAGAAACAAAAGGUUAAACCCGAUGCCAUUGCUUUUCUUAGUGUUCUCUCUUCAUGUCGCCAUGCCGGCCUCGUUGAAAAGGGUAAAGGGUACCUCAAUUCCAUGGUUGAACAUGGUGUAGAGCCAGAACUAGACCAUUACUCGUGUCUUGUUGAUCUUCUUGGGCGGGCUGGUUUGAUUGAAGAGGCGCAAGAUUUCAUCCAAAAGAUGCCUAUUUAUCCCAAUGCUGUCAUAUGGGGUUCGCUACUUGCUUCCUCCAGGCUUCAUGGUGAUGUCUGGGUUGGUAUACAGGCUGCAGAGAGCCGACUGCUGCUGGAACCGGAAUGUGCUGCUACUCAUGUGCAACUGGCGAAUCUGUACGCGAGUGUCAAGUUCUGGGAUCAGGCAGCAAGGGUGAGGAAAUUGAUGAAAGAUAAAGGACUGAAAACAAAUCCUGGGCACAGUUGGAUUGAGAUUAAGAAUGCUCUUUACAGAUUUAGAGCAGAAGAUAAGUCAAUUACUAGGCUGGCUGAAAUUCUUGCUGUGGUAGAUUGUUUGGUUGAUCACAUGAAAUCUUUAGGCUAUGAGCCUGAAAUGCAGCAAGAAGUUGUUGAUGCUGCUCCUUAAAUACACGACAUAAUUGUGUAAAAGUUAACGACUUUGUACGACAAAUGCGAUUAUACAUCACUUUGAUAUGCAGUUUUUGUUAC